CACUCAAGUCUAUAUCUGUUGUUUUGUCAUGGAUAGGCUAUGAAUGCUUAUGUACAGUAGGAGCUGUGGGGAGUUUAGCUUUGCGUAAUUUAAUUGUUGCACUGUAUUUUAAGUUGCCUGGUGGCAUCUUCUAAGAGAAUCAAUGUAAAUGGCAAGUGUGAAGAAAGGAUAGAAUAACAGGAGGAGAAGGGGAGGGACUUAUAGUGCUAGAGAAUGGCCAGUAUGAAAGGACCUCAUCUAAAGAUGUGGAGACUUCUGAUCCAUCAGGAAAACAUAUAAGGAAUGUCAUGGAAAAUACUUUUUGGCUUUUACUGACUUGUGAUUUAGAUUCACACAACUAAAGACACUGGAUAAAGCAUUUGGACUGGCUCUUCACCAGCAUUAUAUUGUUAUUUAAACAUUUUUUCACAUACACAACUGGAGUUUAAUUUUUGUGAACACGGACGUGUGCUGGAAAGAUGUGGAGCUGUAUAACAGAUUUCUUUACGUAUGAGACGACCAAGUCCGUGGUGGUAAAGAGCUGGACCAUAGGCAUCAUCAACCGUGUUGUCCAGCUCCUCAUCAUCACAUACUUCGUUGGCUGGGUGUUUCUGUAUGAGAAGGCAUAUCAAGUGCGAGAUACAGCCAUCGAGUCAUCAGUGAUGACUAAAGUGAAAGGUUUUGGAGAAUAUAAUAACCGGAUCAUGGACACAGCAGAUUAUGUGACACCUACUCAAGGGGCGUCAGUAUUCUGCAUAAUUACGAAGCUUAUCACAACAGAGAACCAAAUACAGGGACACUGUCCUGAGAGUGAGAUGAAAUUCAAAUGUGAAACUGAUGAUACCUGCAUGAAGCUGAAGUCAAAACCUUCUAGCAAUGGUUUGCUGACUGGACGAUGUGUAAACUUCAGUGCUACACAGAAGACCUGUGAAAUCAAAGGAUGGUGUCCCGCAGAGAUCGAUGAUGUUCAACCGGACCCCAUGAUGGAGGUGGAGAACUUUACCAUUUUCAUCAAGAACAGCAUUCGGUUCCCUCGUUUCAACUUCACAAAGGGAAACUUUUUGCCAUCCAUCAAUAGUUCCUACAUAAAGCAAUGUAACUUUGACGUUGAGAGGAACAUGUAUUGUCCCAUAUUCAAAGUGGGAGAUGUGAUUCGGUUUGCCCAGCAAGACUUCACCACUCUCGCUAAAAAAGGGGGAGUAAUAGGAAUAAAAAUAGCGUGGUUAUGCGAUUUAGAUAAGAAAGAUGAUGAGUGCAAACCUCACUAUUCAUUCACUCGCCUGGAUGCCAUGUCUGAAAAGUCCACGGUCUCGCCUGGAUACAACUUCAGGUAUGCCAAGUAUUUUAAAAUGGAGAAUGGGACUGAGUAUCGCACUUUGCUGAAAGCUUAUGCCAUCAGAUUCGAUGUGCUGGUUAAUGGAGACGCAGGAAAAUUUGACAUGAUCCCAACUCUAAUCAACAUGGUCGCGGCCUUUACGUCUGUGGGUGUGGGCACAGUGCUUUGUGACAUCAUUCUACUGAACUUCCUGAAAGGAGCAGAUCAGUACAAGGCCAAGAAAUUUGAAGAGGUAUCAGAUUCAAGUAUUGAGCAUUCAAACUCAUUAUACAGGAGCAGAGACCAAAGCCUACAAUCUGUCAAACCUGAUGAGAAGUUCUCGAAUGAUUCUGGAGCGUUUUCCAUUGGACAAUAUGGUUAAUAUUGGCUGAUCGGCACUUGGGUGAUACUUUAUUUAAUACACUUCCUAUGAGCUAUAAUCUGUCUCAUUAUUCAACCUAAAACUUUCCAACUAGAACGAGUCCUACCAAACUUUUGAUUCAUUUUUUUAAUAUAAAUUCUUCUAUAGGUCACAUCUUAGAUACUUUAUUUAAUGUAAACCAACUUCAUGUAUUCUUAACAUAAAUAAUAGUUUAAUAAUAAAAGUCGCCUUCCUUAAAGUCUCUGUAAAGUCAAUAUUGAAAAUUGUUUCUAAACACAUUAUAAAUGUGAGAAAUGUGUUGCUGAAACACCAAAAAGACUGUAAACUAUGUAGUACUGAAUUGCAGAGUUAUAUUGUUAGUUUUUCACCAUUUUUGGGUUUAGUAUUAUUUGGGCAGGGUUAAAGCGCAUGGCCCCGCCCCUAACACAAUCGCGAGCAUCCAUUCAGGUUGUAGUUGUAUUUGAAACGGCAGAGUGGGCGUGGUUUCAGCUCUGACAGCGGACACGCCCCCGCCGAUUAAGAGCAGAGAAUGCUGCCUACUUUUAAAAGAUUUUGAUAACUUAUUUUAUAAAAUGUGCAUUUUUCCAGUUUUCAAAAAUAGUUGGGUGCUUAAUUACACAUUUUUUAUGAGGUGUGACAAACUUAAUAUCUGACUUUACAGGGACUUUAUUUUCAACCCAGCAUUGGGUCAAAUAGAGGUUAUCUCAGCCCGCUGGGUUGUAAUUUAACCCAUGCUGGGUUCUUUCAAGUCAACCCAAAAUACUGGGUUGUUUUAACCCAUUGUUGGGUCAAAUAUAAACAUUUUCUGGAUUAAUUUCAGCCCAGCUGCUGGGCUCAUCCCUUUUUGACCCAACACUGGGUUAAAAACAACCCAGCAUUUUUAGAGUGCAUAUAUAUUACAUAUGCAACUGAUAUUUUGUUAAUAAUACUGUUGUAUAUGUAAAUAUUUAAAUUCUGCUGUGUAUGUUUAUUUGCAUGACCUUUCAUUUACAAAAGAAAUACCAGU